GUGAUGCAUAUGAGCUUGGGCUACAGGCAACAUGUCUGAUAGGCUUAAUUCGAAAGUAUGGUAAAUUUCACUGGUCUAGCGCUAUUUUUCCUUAAAAGCAUGGCGGAAUGUCUCUCACCACUUAAAAACAAUGGGAAUUUUCACAAAAUAUUUUGGGCCAACAAAAACAAGUCAGUUGUAAUUUUGAGGGGCUACAGGAGCUGAGUCAGCAUGAAUGGCUGUGUUAUACCGCACACGCCCAUAGCGGUGGACUUCUGGAAAGUCCGAGCAUGUCCUCAAGCUCGAGUCUUUUUCCUAACUCAUCUACAUGGUGACCAUGUAACAGGUCUGACCUCCUCCUGGAACAGCCCAAUCUACUGCUCUGAGGUCACAGAACAGCUGCUACUACAGCGGUAUGGCAUCAAGUCAGAGCUCAUCCAUUCCCUACAGAUUGGGGAGCCAGAGAUUGUGUACCUGGAUGAGGUCCAACAAGAACAGAUGACAGUUACAGCCCUGGACGCCAACCACUGCCCAGGGGCUGUCAUGUUCCUCAUGGAGGGGUACUUCGGCACCAUACUGCACACGGGAGACUUCCGGUACCAGCCAGGCAUGGUGCAUGACACAGUUCUCAACAAACAUGUUGGGAAAAUAGAUGUCUUGUACCUGGACAAUACCUACUGUUCCCCACGGUGCACAUUCCCAACCAGAGAGGAAGUCACCGCCAAUGUCAUCAACAUCAUCGAAUCUCAUCCUAAUCAUGAUAUCCUGAUUGCCAUGAGAAACUUGGGGAAAGAAACCCUGCUCUCUGAGGUCGCUCUGCACUCCAAAGAGUGGAUCUACGUGCCAGACAAAUUCUACAAGACUCUAGAAAUCAUUGGUGCUCCUAAUGUGUUUGAUUGCAACAGCUCUGCUCAUAGAAUUAGAGUUGUUGAAUUCUAUAAAGUUAGUAAAAAGUUUGUUGAAAGGGAAAAUGAGAGAGGUCCGACUAUUGUCAUUAUGCCUACCGCUAUAUAUACGGGUAUAGAUGCAAAGCCAUAUGAAAACCUUGACUCUGUGUUUGUUGUGCCCUACUCAGACCACAGUUCUUACACUGAACUCAUCGAGUUUGUUUCUCUGAUUAGGCCAAAUCAGAUUAUACCAGUGGUGAAGGCUGCAGCAAGAGGCCCAUUUGGAAUGAACAUUUCUGACCGUGCUGACAUGUCAUGCUUCAAGAAGUUUAUAGGAGAUAACUGGAACAGAACUGUGCAAGUUCCCAUGUCUGUCCAAGCUUACAUGGCAAACAGGAACUUUCGCGCUACUCACAUGGAUACACAGAAAGGGUUGAAAAGGAAGUCGAAAUGUAAUGCUCCAAGUAUCUCAAGUAAGAAAGUGAAACGAGGAGUCAUUUAUGACAGUCCAAAGGGGAAAUGUGCCAGUUUUGCUUCGGACGGACAAUCCACUGACACUAACAAAGAAAAUAAGAUGGUUUGUGCUAAUGACAGUGAACAGCUGGAACUUGAGAAACUUUCUGCUAAGAAAGUUUUAUAUACAGGCUCUGUGAAAAGAAUUGGGAAAUGUGAUGCAUCCGUCAGUGAUAUUGAUGAUAUUGAAAGUGAAGUUUAUACAGUCAAGGACAGUUCACUACCACCCCAAGCAAAAGAGAAUUUCAAUACCAAGGAAAAUGAAAAACAGAACAAGGAUGACAAAAGCAUUUGUGAGAAAAUGUAUUUUGAAAUGCCAGAGUCCCAAGGGUUUGACUUUCACAAUCAAUCCUCUGGUUUUGAAGAGAUCCAUGCUGUGUUAGAUACAACCUGUAAUGCCUCUGUCGCUACUGAGAAAAUCAAAGAUGGCACGUCACUGAAAGGAACACCUCAAAAAACUAGAUCUGCAAAGGAUCUUUUGGCUAAAGAAAACGAGACCGCAUUUGAUAAAAUGAUAGGCUGUAAAACAUAUCCUGGGAGUCAGAAGAAGAAGUCAAGUGCAAAAAUAUGUGAAAAUACAACAGGAGUUGAAAAAGUGGCAGACUGGCUGAUUUCUUCAACAGAGCAUAUGGGUGGUUAUGUUGAAAUGACCAAUAGUGUGGAAAAUGGUAAAUCUCCUGAAGUGUUUCUAACUCCAGCACAAACUCCAGUAGCUCACUGUGUCAAUAAUCCCGAUGAUUGGAAAUCAGCACUGGAAAGUCCUGCUCAGGAAGAUGGAGAGAAGAUCAUCAUGAAAGAUAAGUUGAAUGAAAACAAAAAACCAGAUGAAUGUUCAGGCAGUGUGGAAAAGUCUUAUGGAGUGAAUGAAAAAGAAAAUAGCAAUGAAGAGUCACAGUCUUUGUUUGUAAAUGAGCACACAAUGGGGAAUAUUGGAACGGGAAGACAUCCAAGAGGGGCACUGCAGUCAUGGUCAACCAGAAGUCAGUCAGUUGGAAAUAAAGUAAAGCCAUCAUCAGUAUCGGAUUAUGUUAGAAAAUUAAGCUUUCAAUCUAACAGUGAUAAAAAUUGUAGUAAAGUUCAUAGAAAGAGCAAUAUAUCAGACAGUCAGGAGAUUACAGAUAAAAACAUCUUUGAUUCAAAUGAUGUAAGAAUAAUUGAGACAUCCAAUGAAAAGUCAAAAUUAGACAGAACGGAGAAGUCAAAAGGAUCGUUGAAAGUUGAUAAAGGGAAGUCAAAAGCUUGUGGAAGACAGAAAGAUUCUGUAGUUGAGAACGAUAUCUUGACAUCUGUUGAAGAGCCAGUAGUUCACAUUUCACAGAGCUCAAACAUCAGCAAAAUAAGUGAGUCCACUCUUUCUCCAAACAUUGUCUUGUCAAGUGAGGCGAGAGAGGCCUACCAGAAGGGUGCCAAAGGUGAUGUCAUUGUUGUGGAUCCAGAAGGCCGGAAUCGGUGUAACCCCAAAAGUGUUGGAUUGGACACAUUUCUGCUUAUGGAUGACAGUAAUGAUGAUGAUUUUGUUGUAGCAGUGGAAAACUGUGAAAAAGGUAAUAAUCAGAAACUGAAGGCCGUGGAACAGACAGAUAUAAGGGAGUCGGAGGACAUUGAUAUAACUGACCAAUCCAUUGACACCAUGGAUAUAGAUAGUUUGAAGUCCAAUCCUUCCUGGUGUCAAAAAUGUGAACUAGAUAUAUUGAUAACGGUCCUGACCAGAGAAACAGAACUUCGAAAUAAAGUCAAAUAUGCAAAGGCUCAGCUUUGUGAUCCUAAAUCCUUUAUUGUUAAAGGAAUAAGAAAGCACUGAUGUGUUCAUAUAUACACUGCAAUAUGCUUUAUUUCAAUAAUUAUACAGUACCAUGUGUAGAGGUUGAAGUGAAUGGUUCAACAUUGUACAGUACCGUAUGUAAUGGUUGAAGUGAAUGGUUCAACAUUGUACAGUACCGUAUGUAAUGGUUGAAGUGAAUGGUUCAACAUUGUACAGUACCGUAUGUAAUGGUUGAAGUGAAUGGUUCAACAUUGUACAGUACUGUAUGUAAUGGUUGAAGUGAAUGGUUCAACAUUGUACAGUACUGUAUGUAAUGGUUGAAGUGAAUGGUUCAACAUUGUACAGUACCGUAUGUAAUGGUUGAAGUGAAUGGUUCAACAUUGUACAGUACUGUAUGUAAUGGUUGAAGUGAAUGGUUCAACAUUGUACAGUACUGUAUGUAAUGGUUGAAGUGAAUGGUUAAACAUUUCACAGUACCAUAUGUAAUGGUUUAAUUGAAUGGUUCAACAUUGUACAGUACUGUAUGUAAUGGUUGAAGUGAAUGGUUCAACAUUGUGCAGUACUGUAUGUAAUGGUUGAAGUGAAUGGUUCAACAUUGUACAGUACCGUAUGUAAUGGUUGAAGUGAAUGGUUCAACAUUGUGCAGUACCGUAUGUAAUGGUUGAAGUGAUUGGUUCAACAUUGUGCAGUACCGUAUGUAAUGGUUGAAGUGAUUGGUUCAACAUUGUACAGUACCGUAUGUAAUGGUUGAAGUGAAUGGUUCAACAUUGUACAGUACCGUAUGUAAUGGUUGAAGUGAUUGGUUCAACAUUGUACAGUACCGUAUGUAAUGGUUGAAGUGAAUGGUUCAACAUUGUACAGUACUGUAUGUUAUGGUUGAAGUGAAUGGUUCAACAUUGUACAGUACUGUAUGUAAUGGUUGAAGUGAAUGGUUCGACAUUUCACAGUACCAUAUGUAAUGGUUGAAGAGAAUGGUUCAACAUUGUACAGUACUGUAUUUAAUGGUUGAAAUGAAUGGUUCAACAUUUCACAAUACUGUAUGUCAUAGUUGAAGUGAAUGGGUAAACAUUCCACAAUAAUUUAUAUCUUGGUUAAAGUGAAUGGUAAAAUAAUGUACAGUAUCACAUAUACAUGAAAUGGUUGAAGUGAAUGGUAAAACAUUGUACAUAUGACACAGGACAGCAUAUAUAAAAAAGGGUAAUCUUAUUGUUGGAAUGAAAAUACAUUACAUAAAAAUACUCACUACAAGACAGGCCUUGAAACUAUCCAUGGAGUUCAAAAUGUUCAACACAGUUAAUUGAGUACCCACACAUAUCAAAGGCCUCUGCAUAUUCACUUUUAAAUCAAUUCAAAAUAGCAAGCACAGUUUGAACUGUAACUUGUUCAUGUAAACAGCGUUGUUGGCAACUAUACUAUGUACAGCUGCAGAAUUUGCAAUUGCUGAAUGGUUCUAAUAUAUGGUUUGAAAUCAACUAAAUUGAUUCAAUGUAAACAUGAUUUUGUAUAAGUUUUGCAUUCAUUGAAAUGUGUUACUUUUUCAUUAAAAUCUUGUUGUACAGACAUUGUAAAUUCAUUUAUGUGCCAUGUUAACAUGUUAACAUUAUUAUGAUGAUA